AUGGCUGCUGAGUUGGUUCCUACUGAGAAAGUGUCGAAAGCUUUGGCGACGAUCUACGAGUUGAACGUGUGCAAAUUUGGUGAUGGGAAGAUGGGCGCCGUGAAUGGAAUGAGACCCGAUGGGACUUUGGAUCGAGCGUACAUACAGAUGUUUCCUCAAUUUGAAAUUUCCCUCACGGACGAACAGGCCACCUACUUGACGGUCGACAGAACUGAGAUCAUAAUCGAUUACGACAAUCAAAGAUUUGCCUUCAAGCACAAUGCUAAUGGUCAUCACUACCAACAAACUGUGCAACGAAAGAAACGAAUUGUUACUAUCCCUGGCCUCCGCCUCAAGUUUCAAGGUCGUGAGGUCGGGACCUUUGAUUUGGUGCUAGUUACUAGCAGCGGCUCCAUCGAAUUCGAAUGCAUCAAGGCGCUCCGCAACGGCGCAGGAUACACCCCUAUU